AUGGUCGCGAUUAAAGAUAAGUUAAAAAUUGAAAUUGUUGAACAUAAUAAUGAAGUUUUUCCAAUAAUUAUUCGUGACAUUGGAGUAAAUUUAAAAUCAGGAGAAGAUGUUGCAUUACUUCGAUUUGAUAGUUAUGCUGAUCUUCUUGUACCCAAGGAUGUUCAAGCUGAUGAAAUUGAAACAUUAAAUCAUCUUGUUACUUCGAUUACGAAUCAAUCUUGGAUACUUCCAGCUGUUUAUCGAGGAUAUAUAACAAAAAUCUUUUGGUUUAAACCACCUUGGGCUCAUCAAUUUCAAGAUGGAAAAUAUCAAUUACAAGUUGGUAAAUGUCAACAAACAGGUGUAUUAAAAGUAACUUCAACGAAUCCAUAUUUUACUUCUAAUUGUGUUUAUUCAUCCGUUGAUAAACUUUCAAAUAUUCAUACAGUUGAUGUUUAUGUAUCAACAGCUGGUUUAGCAAAAAAUUAUUCAACAACUAUAGAAAAAAUUCAUCCAUCAAUAUAUGAUAAUGAAAGUGGUAGUGAAAGUCUUGAUGCUGAUAAUCGAAAAAAACCAAAAUUAUCUACAAAUGACAAUAAUCAUAAAGAUAAUCAAAUUAUACAACGAAUAUAUCCAUUGGAUGCAACUAUAAUUGAUCAAUUACUUGAAACAAGACAAUUUAUGAUUGAUGUUAAUUUAUCAUUUUUUUCAACAGAUGAUUUUAUACGUAAACAAUUAGAUGAAAAUGAAUAUGAAAUUCUUCGUUAUGUUUAUACACGUAUUGUACAAGAUCGUACAGAUAUUGAAAUUCAACGAUAUAUAACAACACGUGAAAAUGCAUUAGAACAAAUUCGUACAUGUAUGAAUGAAUAUUUAACUGAACCAAAAUUGGAUCAACCAAUACUUAUUGAUAAUCCGUAUUUAUCAGCAUUAAUUGCAAUUAUACGUUAUAAAAAAUUAGAUUGGAAAGCUAUUCAUAAAUAUGGAAUGCAUUUAUCAGAUACAAGACCACCAUUACAUGUUUCUUCAGAAGAAAUGAUUAUUUAUUUACAUGAAGCUAUGGCUAAAAUUUUACAAUCGAUUAAAAAAAAUCCUAUUCUUAUUACUAUUUCAAGAUGUGUUGAUGAUGGUUAUUGUUCAUUAGAACAAGCUGAUUUAAUUCAAAAAUAUGUUGAAAAAAAAUUUCGAAACUUAUAUAAAAUAGAUGAAAUAAAAGGAAGAAGUUUAUUAACAAAUGAUGAUAAUGAUGAUGAAUUUGAUGAAGAUGAUAUUAAAGAUCGAAAAUCUAUGAUUAUAUCUGAUGAUGAAAAUAGUCAUUUAUCAACAAAUGGUACAAUUAAUCGACCAAUAAAUAAUAAUGAAAAAUCUCUAUCUAAUGAAACAAUUAAUACUAAUAAACAUUUAUCAUUACAUAAUGAAAAUGAUAUAUCUCUUUCACCAACAUUAAGUACAAAUAAUAGAUUAUUAUCUUCACUACCUAAUUCAUCACCAGGAAAAAGUAAUCCAUCACCAGGUGAAAUAACAAAAGCAAUAUCACCAUCAUCACUUUCUGAAGCAUCUCCUAUAUUAGAUUAA